CUCGUGCUCAGUUAUGACCGAAAGCAUUUUGCAAACAGUAUUACAGUUCUACCACGAGAACCGGUGGGAAGAAGCGCUGAAAGUCAAUAAAAAUUCCGAUAAUUUAGAAGCUUCAAAAGUACUGUGGGUAUGGCCGAGUUUGAUGAAUUUGAGGUUUUUGAAGAAAAAAUGUUUGGAGUUCCAAAUGGAGGGUUUUGUCUCCCUGGGAUGCGGGUGUGGAUUGUUGGAAUGGUUUAUACAUAAUGCAACAGGUUUGCCAGUGAUGGGCUACGAAAUAAACGAAGCAUGGUGGAAAAGCAAAUAUUCCUGCCCGCAAUUCAUCCCCCUAAAUUUCAGCCCCGAAAUUCCCGACUCCUCGAUGCUGAACUCCAAAUGCGCCUUGUUGUUUUGCUACUUCAACAACCGGCCGGCGUUUCUCGAUUACGUAAAAUGCUACAAAGGCAACAUGGUGAUAAUCAUCGGACCUGGCGAAGGCAGCGGCCGGCACACCGAUCCGGAACCGUUCAAACCCGGAUUCGAUAGUCCGGAGUGGAUUCUGAACGAUUACCAGGAAGUCAAGGAUACCAAAGAUUAUGUGGCUGUUUACGUUAGGAAACAAGCCAAUAGAAUGUUGGGAUGGGUUUUUAAGAUAUAAAUUAUACCAUAAUAUAUUGUUCUUAAUAAUUGUAUUUUUUUAAAUGCAGAUUGAAAAACUGUUUGAAUUAUGAAUACGUAGUAUUAUUUUAAUUUUAUUAUAAAUGUGUGUGCGUUUUUAAGUUAGUUAGAUAUAAAUAGGUAAAUGUAUUUUUAUACAGUUUUUAUAUUACAACAAGUUAA